UGAAAAGCCAAAACACACAUAAGCAACACAAAUAACACUCGUUAUUACUACAACCAGUCUGAUAAGAUCCUCAAGAAAACACAUGAUGGAAAGGUAAACGCAUUGUCACAAUGACCACCACUCAGACACCUUUUCCGUCACUACCGGAGGAAUUGAUCAAAUUGAUAUUCGAACAUGCAUGCAUCAAAACCAGCGUAAUUCAUACCAACCCCAAUCAAAGUAGAGAUGGAGAUAUAAAAGCAAAAUCUCCUGUUGAUGUGGCGACAACACGCUCGAUCAUGCUCGUAUCUAGAGCCGCAUACAAUCUCGUAAUACCGCUAUUGUAUCGCUCGAUAACAAUCUCAAAGCCGUCUCAUUUAAUCAAAUUCUCGCAUACAUUGCUCACUAGGCCAUCAUUGGGACUAUAUGUUCGCAACUUAUGGGUAGGAGCCAUUACUGCGCCUACACUGAACUUUCUCCCGAUCGUCAUCUCUGAUGUAGAUCUAUCUAUAGCUGCAAGGGCGCAUAUCAGCCGCUUUGAGAAUGCAGCAAGCAAGAGGAGCGAGAAGCCUCAGAUAUUCUUUGAGACUACGACAGAUCUGGUGUACGUCGAGAAUGGUGUAGAAUACGCUGCAAUGAACGUUCCUUCUCAUCAAGAUCGCUUAGUGGAAGUCCGACAGGAGUAUAGCGGCAAUGUAACUCCCACAUCAAAUGUACCAGAUGACUCAAGGCAUGGUCACCAUACCUCACAAUCAUCCCAUGGAAGAGGGUAUGGCGUGGACCGGUCAAGCUUGGGCUAUGAUGCUGCAGGAGAUUGGAUAGGUCUUGACGAAUGGGUUUUGAGAUGUUUAGAGGUACAAUAUGCGAUUGAAUUCCAUUGGGAAUGGGUCGGAGUAACCACCCCUCCCCUUGGCUUGCCAUCGCCAGACAUGGUACAAGCAGAUCAAGAUGUCCUAAGACAGGAUCCUCUGGACUGGGGUGACUCCAAUGUGACGGUUGCACCACUUCCAAGCAGAGAGCGUGAAUUUUCAACUGAUACACUUUCCUCUUCUUCCACCUCUGACUUUUUACGAUCGAAUGCUUCCAUGCUGGGAUUCAAUCAUAUCAGACGAUUCUUCUUACUUCGUGCAAAAGGAUACUCACCACGUUCAGCAGCAAAUGCUCUCAUCGAUGAAUAUCUCGCAAGCACAACACCAUUCUAUGAGCCCAAAAAGAGAGCCAGUGAUGUUUGCAAUUUGCAUCUACUCACCGAUGAAGAUGAAAUGGAUCACUUCUUACACCCUGCACUCUUUGCACGUUCUGGAGCAAUACAUCUGGUAUUAGCAGGUGAACCUCCUGAAGGAUUCAAUGCUCCGCCAAAUGCAAUCCCUGCAACGACUGCCAACACCUUUGCUUUUCAUGACGAAGAUGGAUCAGAAGAUGACUCAAGUGAGGACGAGUCGAUGAAUGGACACAGGGACGACAGACAAAGGCGUCAGCGAAGAGAAACUUUAGACUUUGUUGAUCUGUUUGGCCACAUUCAAGGUUCUUCACGUACACUAUAUCCCAACAAUUCUUCAGAAAAUAGCGAAUCUAGCGAGACUGAAGAUAUUGAAUUUGCUCAAUAUGGACAAACAUUACGACCAGACGAUCAUAUCCAGGCUCAGCCUCGCCCGUAUUCCCUUCAGCCAGGCUCAACUCGCACAGUCCAAGCAAUCGAUCGCCGUCCUGCAUCUACAUUAGGAAGCUUGACAGCAAAUCUAAGAGCUGCAUUGGCAUUAUGUCCUCGGAUACGAGUUCUGGGUUUAAAUGGAUUCUUGGAACGUGCAAUAGGAGGGACACGAGACUGUGCUGGUUUGACCGAAUUGAGACAUUUGUCUUUAGGACCGCCUCCUCCCUAUUGGUCUUCAGCAUUAAAUUUACAUCAAAAGACAUUAAAGUCAUUACGAUCUUUGCAUAUAUCUGGAUGUAUGCUGUUUAAAAGCGAGGCACUUGCUAUCGGGGGUUUCACAUCCGCUUUGCCAAAACUUCGUGAGGUAGAUUGGACAUUAUGGCUUGGACAUCUUUUGGAUCAUCCAAUCGAUGUCGUUGAAGCUCUGUCAUGUCUGAUGGGAAAGGAAAAUGGAUCUGCAAAUGCUACCGGAAGAGUAUCAAAUCAAACAAGACGUUCUGAAGCGCAUUCGACUCGCAAACCUCUACGAAAAAUUCGAGCGACAUUGAAUGCUCAAGAUGUUGACUAUUUCCAAAAGAAUGCAUCUCUAGAAUUACGUGAAGAUCCAAGGCUACUGCUUCGACAAUGUGCUAGCAUUGAUGCAGAGCCAAAUCUGCUCUUUGUCCGUCAAUGGUGGGAAAGUAAGGCUGGCAUUAUUACAAAACAGAUUAACGCCACAGACGAUGUAUAGUACAUGCUCAAUCACAAUCACACUGUAUUUUACUCAUCACUCCAUGAUUUGUCUGACGUAAGGAAUUCCCCCUUUGAUCAUCGGCCUUUUUGAAACCGAAUUCGUAGCCGCCCAAAAAAGCGCCAACAGUUUCAAAUUGUAUACGGCUGAUAAUUGCGUC